AUGGUGGCGGAGGAUGGCGAGAGUGUGGAACAUCCUCAUACAAUCAAGUUCUUGGANUUUAAGGUCUGCUGCGACACUCGCGAGCGACCCACCUUAUAUGGCACUGAUAUAAUCGGAUCAUACAUUUAUUACAAAACGCGUGAUUCCGGAUGGCAGAUUGCUAAGGUAACGAUGGUGGCGGAGGAUGGCGAGAGUGUGGAACAUCCUCAUGCAAUCAAGUUCUUGGAUCUCGCAAGACAAGAAAAUGUUCACCUCAACCUGGAGAAUCCCAAAACAUUCGACGAAGAGCCUGGAACUUGGUGCUGGCACGUACACACGAGGUUACGAGGGAGAGACAGCGUAAAGAGCUUCCGAUACACUAUGGAUUGAAGAUCGUCGGCACGAGGACAAGAAAGAAGAUCAAUUAUUUUUCCUGACUGGACCAGAAGAGCCGAAGCGGAAAAUACAAAGAAUUACUAGUAAACGAGAUGGUCCCUUCUGGCCUAACGGUUACUAUGGUUUGAUAGGGAUGUAAACGCCUCGCCUCGAUGUUUCCAUAAUCAGGUGAUGGCCUUGAUGUCUAAUUGCUUUAUUUUUUUUGUGUGUAUCAUGGAUUGUUGUGUGUUUGAAGUUGUAUGUUGCAAUGUGUUGUUCUGUGGUGUUUGUUUAUUCGUGUGACUUGUGUGUUGUAUGGAACAGUUCGGAGAAUCAGUUGAGUAACGUACUAAAUAAAGACUCGGACAUAUUCCGGGUAGUAUUCUGUCGUCCAAACAUACAGGAUGGGAGCAGCUUUAAAAUGGAAGUAGAUCGAGCAGGUACUGUUAGAUUGACUUAUGAUCAGGGUAGGCUGAUGUGGUGAGAAUGGGUUUCAGUCUAGUUCUCGAGGCGUUAUUUUGGACUCAGAGUAACUGUCUGAUUAUCUUCUGUUCGGGACCGUCGGUGGUGUAGGGUACUGACGACCGUGUACACGACAGGACCGACUGGAUAGGUCAGCAGAUACAAUUACGGGACAGCUGUAGCGUACAGUGACGACCUAGGGUCAGCUCUCAGCAGGAAGUGCUGAGGAUAAUAACAAGUGCCACCAUAGGCCCAAGUUGGACCAAUCAGAGAGACAAGAUGAGAUAUGACAUAGAUGACGUGCGUCGUUGUAUAACGGAUGACCUUUGAGGUAGGACCGUCCGGAAGCUUGGCUCCG